UUUCUCCUUCGCCCAUAGUUUUUCUUUUUCUUUCUCUGCCCAACAUCCCAAAACUCUUUUUCUUCUUUAUUUUUAUUUUUUUAAUAUUUUUUAUAGUGCAAUGUUCAUUUGUUCAAUGGUUCUUUCUUUUGACUUUUCACCUAUGAAUUUUCUUCUUUUUAGGUGAAAUUAUAUUUUUUUCGUGGAGUUUGGAUCUAAUUUGAAUAAAGGGCUACUGGGGAUUUUAAUUCUUGCACAGUAAACAUAUAAUUCGAUACAAAAAUUGUAUAAACUGUGUUUUCUGAUCUGGGUUUAUCUCAGAUUGACAUAAAAUUUGUGAAUUUUUUAUUCUUGGUUGGAAAAGGAAAAAAAAAAAAAAAGAUGGUGACAGUGAAUGUUGGAAUGCUGCAUUAUAUAUUGGACCAUGUAUAUGGUGCAUUUGUUCACAGAACAAAACUAAGCCCACCAUUUUUUUCAAGAGGAUGGGGAGGUACAAAGCUGUUGCUUUUAGAGAGAAUGAUUAAGCAAUUGGAAGGACAGAAUUGGCCUCCUACAUUGGUACAACCUGUUUGGAAAACUGUUUGGGAAUCACAAUCAGCUACUUUGAGAGAAGGGGUUUUUAAGACUACUUGUGAUGAACAGUUGCUUAGUGCAUUGCCACCUGAGAGUCGCAUUGCAAGGGUUGCUUUCCUUGCACCCAAAUACACUCCAACUCAUAAGAUGGCUUGUGUGCUGCAUCUUGCUGGUACUGGAGAUCAUACUUUUGAGCGAAGAUUGCGUCUUGGCGGUCCAUUGCUGAAGGAAAAUAUAGCAACUAUGGUGCUUGAGAGCCCUUUCUAUGGAGAAAGACGUCCGUUGCUGCAGCGUGGGUCAAAGCUCUUAUGUGUUAGUGACCUGCUGCUAUUAGGACGAGCCACCAUUGAAGAAGCCCGAAGCCUUUUACAUUGGUUGGACUAUGAAGAGGGUUUCGGAAAGAUGGGUAUAUGUGGACUUAGCAUGGGAGGAGUACAUGCUGCUAUGGUUGGAUCAUUGCACCCCACACCUAUUGCUACACUGCCUUUUCUCUCUCCGCAUUCUGCUGUUGUGGCAUUUUGUGAAGGGGUGUUAAAGCAUGCCACUGCAUGGGAGGCACUGAGAGAUGAUCUUGCUGUGCAGGAGGCUGCUAUGACUCUUGAGGAUGUGAGAGAACGGAUGCGAAAUGUGUUGUCUCUCACAGAUGUUACACGCUUUCCAAUCCCAAAAAAUCCCAAUGCUGUAAUAUUUGUUGCUGCCACAGAUGAUGGCUAUAUUCCAAGGCACUCAGUGCUAGAGCUUGAAAAAGCUUGGCCUGGCUCAGAAGUUAGAUGGGUUAGAGGAGGGCAUGUAUCGUCUUUCCUUCUCCACAAUGGUGCAUUUCGCAAGGCGAUAGUGGACGGCCUUAACAGACUACAAUGGAAGGAGUCACCUUUGUGACAUUGCCAUAGUUGUGGAUAACACACCAUGUAAUUAUUGUUGUUCCUCACCACUAAUUCUCACUGAACUCGAUACACUGAACCACAGCUGAUAUUAUUAAGCAUUUGCUGGAAAAUGGAAAAGGGUGCUGGAAAGCUUUCAUUCUUUACUUCUAUUUUUUGUUGUUGUAUUACUUCAAAGUACAAUCUUUGUUGGGACAAAUAAUGGAAUCUUCGGUGAAAUUUCCACCUUCUUUUCUUAUUGUCUAAUGCACAUUGUUGAACUGUAGUUGUAUGGUACUAGUUCCUUUUUAUCAGGAUGACAGUGGUAUUGUCUGUGCUACAUCAAGUUUGUAUUACUAGUUUCUUAAUGACAAUUUGUUGGUUGAUCUAAGGAAGAAAUUGUGAUCGGUUAGCCUUA